ACGGCCCCCCCUUUGUGCCCCCCCAGAUGAUCAUCGAGCCCACGAGCCCGAAGCUGCUGCCGGACCCGCUGAAGGAGCCCUAUUACCAACCCCCCUACACGCUGGUCAUCGAGCUCACGGGGGUCCUGCUGCACCCUGAGUGGUCUCUGGUGACGGGCUGGAGGUUCAAGAAGCGCCCAGGCAUCGAGCACCUGCUGCAGCAGCUGGCACCGCUCUACGAGAUUGUCGUGUUCACCUCCGAGACCGGCAUGACAGCCUUCCCCCUCAUCGACAGCAUCGACCCCCACGGCUUCGUGUCCUACCGGCUGUUCCGCGACGCCACGCGGUACAUGGAGGGGCACCACGUCAAGGACAUCUCGUGCCUGAACAGGGACCCCGCUCGGGUGGUGGUCGUGGAUUGUCGGCGCGAGUCGUUCCGGCUGCAGCCCCACAACGGGCUGGGGCUGCCCCGCUGGGACGGGGCCUCGGAGGACAGGGCCCUCUACGACCUGGCCGCCUUCCUCAAGAGUGGGUGGUGUGACAGCCCCCUCUGGGAGCGCAUGCGCCGCGCCGUCUUCGUGCCGCUUCCGCCCUCACCUCUCUGCAAUUGGUCGUCGCACACGCGGCCCCGCCCCCCUCUCGCCUCCAUUGGCCGAGCAGUGGCGCCGCCAUUGGCCGUGCCCUCGAUCGCCCCGCUCUCCCUCCCUCUGAUUGGUCGGUGCCAGCGAGAAUGUCUCGCUCUGAUUGGGUGCCGGGACCGCGCCGGCGCGCUGCCGUACAGCAAGAUGGCGGCGUCCAUGGCGGGGCGGGCGGUGGCUUGGGGGGCCCGCGCGGUGCUCGGGGGGCGGCGGGGCUGCGCCGGUCCUGGGACCCCCCAGCAGGGACCCCCCGGGAACGCCCAACCGCGACCCCCCGCGGCCCCCCGCCGCGCCCUCAGUGGCCCCGACACCGCGGCCGUGCUGCGGGAGCGGCUGCGGCAGCACCAGGUGUCCGAGGGCCCCCCUGGCCCCCCCGAGGACGAGGACCCCCGGCGGGGGGGGCUGCGGCGCCUGGCCCUGCGCCUGGGGGGGCUCCUGGCGGCCUCCGGGGGGGUGGCCGUGCUCUACGUGUUCGGCAGCAACGCGGUGGACGAACACGGGGCCAAGAUCCCAGACGAGUUUGACGGUGACCCAUUUGGGAUUCGGCACCUCCGGCGGACCUACAAGUACUUCAAGGAUUACAGGCAG